AUGAGUUUACCCAAGAAACCAAGGGCGAAUGUUGCAUGCAACCGCUGUCGUCAAAGCAAGCUACGAUGUAUCAACAGCAAUCGGUCCACAUGUCAACGGUGCACAGAGUUGAACUUGAGCUGCACCUACACCUUGAAAGCUUCACAAAUGAAGAAAAAGAGCUUGAUGUCAAAGCCUGUCCAAAAUAACUCAGUUGUCCUCCCCAACAAAGAGCUCAUAAUCGAAACUGUUCAAAUAUUCUUUGAUAACCAGUAUAAGGGGAUCUUUCCAAUCUUUCACAAACCUACCUUUAUGGCAUUUCUUCGAUCAGAUGAAUUCAAUCCAACAACAUUCAUUGACCUGCCGCCCAUCACAACACCACUACAACCAAAUCCAGUGGUUCUUCUCGCAAUUCUUGCCCUCUGUGCGCGAUUGCAUAAAACACUUCCAGAUGCACUCAACGCAUCGCUUGACUUUGGAUGGCAUGCAAGAAAAUUGGUACUGGCUGAAUUUGACAAUCCAACAUUAUCAAAUGUGCAAGCAUUGUGCGUCCUUAGUAGCCACGAAUGGGGUGAAGGUAAUGCUUCUAGAAGCUACAUGUACGUUGGUUUAGCUGCAAGGAUGGCAAUGAUUUUGGGAUUAAAUGAAGAACCCACAGGAGCAAAUGAAUUGGAGAAUGAAGUGAGACGAAGGGCAAUUUGGGGAGUAUACAUGAUGGAUAGGUGUAAUUCAAGUGGAAGAAAAGGUCACUCGUGUAUCAGCUUAUCAGACAUACAUGUCAGACUUCCCGAUCAUGAGAGAAACUUCAUUUUCGGGGAGAUCCAAACUCAACAUUUUCGUAACGAAGUUGACAACUUGGAGACUGAUAGAACAAGGAUAUCAUGCAAUGGGUUUAUGAUUUAUUUGUUUGAGAUUUGGAGAGAAAUAGGCACUUGGGUUGGAGUUACUGGAUCGAAAUUGGAACCGUUGGCACCCUGGGAUCCGGAUUCGCCAUUUUACAAAUUAUCGAAAAGAUUAGACCAGUUUGAAGAGCAGCUACCCUCGGCUCUCCAUUUUUCACAUCUUGAGGAACAUAUCAGCUUCGGCUCAGCUGCAGACUUUGCUUACUUCCACGGCUUAUUCUUUCUAUGCAGGAUUUUUUUAAAUCGGGAGUAUUUCUAUGCCCUGCCAGAUAUUGGUCCACCAGGUUGGUGGAACGCUCUUACUGCUCAAUUGUUUGAUACUUUGGAUAAUCUAGAUCUGAUAACAAAAAGAUUAAAGCCAAUGAAUCUAAUGGUGAUUGCUCCAUUUACUGGAUUUCAAGUUUUCACAGCCGGUGCAACUAGUUUGUACAUUGCCGCUUACCCUACCAAAGUCUUGAAACAACACUUUCCAAACCAGCCUACUCAAAGAUUCAAAACAAUGGCCAAGGAUUGUUUAACCACAUUAAAUAGUUGGCGACAAUCAUGGGGGUUGGGGAAAAACUGGAUCGAAACAUUACACAAGUUACAAGAAAUGUUUUCAGAGGUGGCUGAUUUACAAGCUGACGAAAUACGACACAGUAUCAGCGAUUAUGGAAAUAUUGAAAACACGAUGCAAAUCCUGCAUGUGCUUUCGGAGGAGACACCAGGAGAUGACGCAUUGAAUGCUAUGAACAAUUUAGAUUUGUCGUCUAUUUUUCCUGAUUGGAAUGAGGCCAUGAACUUAUACAAUUAG